UUGGAACAUCAACCAAAAGAGGAGGGUACAUAACCCAAAAUGCCGGCACGGUCUCGUCUAGGGUUUUAUUGCUGUCUGGAGGAAAUCGACGAGCAGAGGCAAUGGCGAAGUUCAACGAAGUGCAGAAGAGGAAGAGGGCAGCCAUAGCUGAAAGAAAGAGGUUGGCUCACGGAGACCCCGUCACUGCAAAGCUCAAGGCGAAACAACAGACUAUACCCGUCUCCGGCAAACGCAAGCGCAAGCUCUUGAAGAAAUGGCGCAGAGACCAGAAAGACGUUGUGGAGAAGGGCCUCGUCACCAUGGAAGACGUUGAGAUGGCGAUUGCUGAUGGUGAAGGCACAUUGAAAGUUAACAGUAAAACAUCAGCGAAGUUUAAUGUCAAGAAGGGGCUGAAGCUUAAGCAGUUGAAGCGUGGCAACCGUAAAAACAAAAGUAAGUCUAAGCCAGCAUCUGCAGCUUCAGUUGAUGUGAUGGUCGAAUGAAAUGGCGCAAAGAAUGGUUCUCAACAUGCUGAUUCCUUGUGGGGUUUCAAAUCUGAGGACGGGUAUAGAUAGUAGCUAUGGACUUGUCUGUGUUCAAUUGUUGCAUUCUUAUUCUCGAUUUAGUACCUUCUGUGAUCUCCUUCGGUCUUUUUGGGCUUCUUCUCCUUGUUGUUAGUAAGUUAGAAACUACGCACUGCCCUGCUAAUUGCAAUAGGGGGAAAUCUAUAUGUCAAAUAUGGCUGGGAAGUAGCAAGAUCUCUUUUUGAUAUAGCAAGUCAGAUGUAAUUUCGAAUCAUGUUUUGUUUCUGUGGAGCAAUGAAAUGAAUUACGAAUUUUUGAUAACUUGACAGCCAACUGAUAGUUUUGGACCUU